AUGAUUUUUACCGUUCCUCUAGGGAACCAAAAUCGGCACCAGACACGCGGGAGUUUUGAGUGCGCGUCGCGAGCCCAAAGCAUCCCGAAUGCGUUGUCGGAAGCUUCCGGUGCCGCCGGAGGUGUUGUGGGGUGUCUGACGCGUUGCAAGCGCCUGAAGCGUCGCGACGCGAUCUUCUGGCGGAGCCAAAAGCAUAGCGAGACGCUUCCGGCGCCGCCGAAGAAUCGCCGGAUGGCUCCGGAGCCACUGGAGGCGUCGUCGGAUGCCUCCGGCGCUGCCAGAGGUGUGCGGGGCGCCGAAGGCGCAGCGAGUGCGGGCGUGAGCGCGCAUUGCAGCGUGUCGUGGGUGUGCGUCAUAGGUGCACUGUGCAAACCAUUUCCAAGUGUUUCAGUUAUGCGAACAACUGUGGAGGAGAACAGGAAAUUCGCUAGGUUCAUAGCUGAUAAAAUCAACAAGUUAUCAUCACGAGUAUGCAUAUGCUUACCACAAAAAGGUGUGUCUGCUCUAGAUGCAAUUGGGAAGCCAUUUUAUGAUCCUGAUGCCACAACUGCUCUGAUAAAUGAAUUACAGGAACUUGUUGAGAAAAAUGAAGAACGACAGGUGAAGGUGUAUCCAUACCAUAUUAAUGAUUCUGAAUUUGCAGAUGCAUUGGUUGACUCUUUUUUGGAGAUUUUCCCUAGAAGUAGAACACCACGACAAAGUGCAAAGAAACUAGAUAGCCAUAGUUUGAAAAUGGACACCAUGAACUUAAUGAAUUAUACAGGUGCACAAACCAUUUGGCGAGCUCCAAUGGAGUUCCCUGAUGCAAAACCAGAAACCAUGAAAAGGACACUAAAAUUACUGGAUCAUUUGAAGCAACAGAUCAUUGAAGGUAUACCUAUCAUAGGAGCAGGUGCAGGGACUGGAAUAUCUGCCAAGUUUGAAGAAGCUGGUGGAGUGGAUCUUAUAGUCUUGUACAACUCUGGGCGUUUUCGAAUGGCUGGAAGAGGGUCAUUGGCUGGGUUAUUGCCAUUUGCUGAUGCAAAUGCAGUUGUUCUUGAGAUGGCCAAUGAAGUGCUGCCUGUGGUGGAAGGAGUACCAGUUCUUGCUGGAGUUUGUGCCACUGAUCCAUUCCGCAUAAUGGACUAUUUUCUAAGACAGCUGGAAGCAACAGGAUUUUUUGGUGUUCAGAACUUUCCAACAGUCGGACUCUUUGAUGGUAAUUUCCGCCAAAACUUGGAAGAGACAGGAAUGGGCUACGGGUUGGAGGUUGAGAUGAUUCACAAAGCUCACAAAUUAGGGUUAUUAACAACCCCAUAUGCAUUCAAUCCAGAUGAAUCUGUCGCUAUGGCCAAGGCUGGUGCCAACAUCAUCGUAGCACAUAUGGGUCUAACAACAUCAGGAUCUAUUGGUGCCAAGACAGCAAUAACUCUUGAUGAUAGUGUUGGAUGUGUUCAAGCAAUUGCAGAUGCUGCAAUAGGAAUUAAUUCUGAAAUCAUUGUUCUUUGCCACGGAGGUCCUAUCUCGGGUCCAAAAGAAGCUGAGUUCAUACUCAAAAAUACAAAGGGAGUUCAUGGGUUUUAUGGUGCAUCAAGCAUGGAGAGGCUUCCAGUUGAACAAGCUAUUACAAAUACUGUGAAGAAGUACAAAAGCAUCUGCAUCAAGAGAGACUAAAAGCUCUCAAUAUAUUAUCCUACGUGUUAAUUUCUUAUACUAUGCCGAUUACACUUCUUUGUAGUUGGGAUUUUGUCAUAAAUUCUGCAAUAGGAGCUGUUUGUUUGAGCACAAUGUAAUGUCUUCCAUCUUUUAUUUAUUUAUUUAUUUAUUUAUUUA